UCCUCCCUUUCUAGAUGACCUGUCCCUUAGUUGUCUUCCAUGGCCUCUCCUUCUUGGAAAAUCCAAUUCCCAACUCCCUAUCUAUAUAAACCAAACCCGCGAGCCUAAACAUCCCAAUAACCGCAAGCCAAGUUUCAGUCUCCCUCGCUCCCUCAACACCUUCUCUUCUCCAAAGAAAAAAAAUGACAUCUUCACAAAACCAAAACUCAAACUUUCAAGAUUACUUGCCUCUUAUGGCCAACAAGCUAGGUGGUGAUGGUCUUAUUGGAGAACUAUGCAACGGCUUCAAUCUGUUGAUGGAUGGUGAAAAGGGUGUCAUCACUUUUGAUAGUCUUAAAAAGAACUCAGCUUUAUUGGGUUUGCAAGAUUUGAGUGAUGAUGAUUUAAGGAGUAUGUUAAAAGAAGGCGAUUUUGAUGGUGAUGAAGCACUUAAUCAGAUGGAGUUUUGUGUUUUGAUGUUCAGAUUGAGUCCUGAGUUGAUGGAAGAGUCUCAGUUUUUGUUAGAGGAAGCUCUUCUACAGGAGUUCAAAGAUUCUUGCUAAUCUUUUUUUAAUUAUUAUUAUUAUUAUUAUUAUUAUUUUGACAUUUGUUUCCCAUUUCGUGGGUUUUCUUAUCUUUCUUUUUUACCUGUAAUGACUUAUAUUAUUGAAUCAUUGGAAUAUAGUGAAUGAAGGAUUAGAAAUUGAAACAA